UUAGCCACAACAGUACAGUAACAGUACAGUAUUGUACGUAGUUCCGUUGUGUUUACGUUUCUGCUGCACUUUAUAUAGCGCUAUUUAUUUUGUUAAGAGUUGUAUAAAGCAUGUACUGCGGAAUUUUAUUAUUCGUAUUGCUAUCCUUUCAAUUACUUGAAAAUACAUCUGCACAAUACGAGGAUAUCAGAUGUAAAUGCACCUGCCUUGCCUAUCACAAAUACAACAUUCCCGCGAAGAUAUACACGAAAAACGUUCUGCAUGAAUAUUGUGACUGCCUUCGAGUUGUCUUGCCAAACUUGAACGGUUCUGCACUCACAGAUGUAGAUAUUGAACCAUAUUGUCUCAGAUGUGGGUGCAAAUAUGAAGUCAGAAGCACAAAAACCAUGCAGGUUGUGGUUUACAUGUUCCUCGUUCUUCUUGGUGUGCUACUCAUAUAUAUGAUCGUGAUGGUGAUCGCUGACCCUAUCAUUAAUCACGUGAAUAGGAAGAAUCGAGCUGCUGGGUUAUUAGAUGAAGAAACUGAGAUGGAAUCAAUUGUUUCUGCACGAGAUUCCGAUCGACCUAGAUCAUCAAGUGUAGGGACGGGGCUCUGGGCAAUCUCAGCCUGUCUUACAAAGGGUAAAUCAAAUGCAAACAAAAUGGAAAAAGCAGCUUCAAGAGCAAAAAUCAAAUGUGUACGACCGACACGAGAUGUUACAAUGAGAAGUAUGAAGGUUUAACAUAAUGUAGCAAAGCCAAGGAUUUCAAAAGUUCUCCUUUGGAACAUGAACUUUUCAUUUUGACCCAUAUAGUAGGUUGGACAAGAUGGUUCAUGUUUAAUUCUCUUUUAUCACCCCAUUUGGAGUGAAGAAAAAAGAUAGAUUACACAGUUAUAUCACUUAUCUUCACAAAUCUAAAACAGGGUUGUUAAUUGGUAAAAAAACAGAUUAGGAAAUAUUGGAUAUUGUGUGGCGUAUAUGGUAUUUAUCUUACCCCACAGUACUAUAUUAAUAUAGGAUAUUCUGGUCCACCGUCGGAUGGAGCCACACUAUGAUUUUAUAUUUUGUGUUUUAAAACUUUAUAUUUUCUCAUUAGAUAUAUCUAUAUUUAAAUUCACUUAUAGUAAGGUUUACCCGUGCCAUACUGUAACAUGAGUGUAUUUUAAUAGGUUACACACUAUAAACCAGAAUAAUGAGAAUUUGCCUCAACUCAUAACUACUGUUGACUUUGCUCUGCAUAAACGCUUUAAAGAUAACCAAAUGUAAAAUGAAAAAUCUGGUUUAGUAUGUAUAGUGUGAUAUAGUCAACUACCAUUAAUUAAACCGUUACAAAUUACUCGUUCUUAUGAAGCGAAACCCCUGAAUUGGACACACAAGAUUUCUGUCACUUUUGAACAGUAUUACUGCACGCGACUAUCUCUAUGUGUCGGUUUUGUGCAAUAUUCUUUGCCCGUUUGUUUUUGUGUGUGUGGUAUUAUCGUAGAUAUUUUUCAUUUAUCUUGUUUUUCGUGCGAGCAAUCGUCUAUGAAAAUCGUUUUUGAAUAAACAGUUGUCGUAUACA